UAAACAGUGGUUUUAUAAAUAUGUGUGACAUAUAGAGUUGAAGGCAAGCACGUGGCCGUUAUUUCACACAUAUUCAACCGCAAAUAUUUCGCUGGGCUGUUGCUAAUGAGCCACACUUGUAGCAGGAUCUAUGUACUGUACUACUGCAGUAGUACUACUACUUCCUCUACUACGCAGUAUUUUUUUAUUUACUGCGCUGGCUUUGUCCUCAGUGUGAGUCGUUACUGUUUAUCCUUGAGGUCGAGCUGCACGGCCAGAUCACAUUUCCCCCGUAGUUUUUCUCCCAAAUGCCUCCCAAGAGAGACGCAGGAACGACCUCAGCACAGCCGCCAAUGAAGAUGAUAAAGCUCAGCUCAGAUGCGCCGGAGUUCGGAUGUGAUCCAGUGGAGGAUAAAUACAGGCUGCCCGAAGAGUCCAGCUACUCACCCUUUCCCAACAAUGAGAAUGACACCAUUGAAUUUGAUGAGGAGAAUAUUUCAAGUCCAGGAAUCAGAACAGACACCAUCAGUCUCCUGAUGAAAAUAGAGCAGCUGCAGGCUCAGCUCAAGUAUGAACGCAGGUGUAGGAUUCUGGCCGAGAGAGAGCUGAGGGAGAUGAAAGAGAUGAACAAUCUCAUGAUGCAGAUGAGACACACGGCACAUGAAUUACGAGUUACCCUGGAUCACGUUCUCCAUGGAGGCGAGGCAGGAGUCGGGCCACAAAACUCUCAGGAUGAAAGCACUUGCUCUUUCCUGGCUCAGUCUGAUGCAGAGAUGAGAGCAGUUCACAAUAUCCCAGAGGAUGACCAGAACCUGCUGUUUCUCGCCGAGAAUCUCCGAGUCCCCAGAAACCUCUAUGAGCGUAUUGCAGAGAUCGCAGACUACAAGAAAUACACUUCAGCGCUGCUGAUGAUACUUUUUGACAGAGAAACAUUAGCCACACACUCUCUGCAGGGCCGGAGGAACACCUUCACAGGAGAGGACUGCCACAAGCCGCAGCUACCGCCUGAGAUCCUCAGGAGUAUAAUUGAUCAUGUGGCGGACAAGUUUGGUGUUGAUUGCAGUCAAAUAAAAACGGCAAUCCGGACAAAGCUGAAUAAUGAGGACAAACUAUUAAAGAAGAGGAUGGGUUUGGUUAAAACUGAAAACAAAGCAAUCAUCGAUCAAAGCUUUUGCCACGGUGCUUCACUCCUGCCGGAAAAUGAAGCAAUGGGGAAUGACUCUCAGUUAUAACACUUCAGCUCUGCCUUCAUUUGUUCAACGUGUUACAGAUGCAUUUAUUUAAUCCACGUCUAGUUUAGUAAAGGAACCUAGAGCUUGUAAUUCAAUUAAUGUUUUCAGACUUCUUCCCUUUUUACUUAGAUUUUUGUCAAUGAUAUUAUGAUCAUGUGUGCAGACCGUGUCAAGUUUAACCCAGUAAUCUUCCAAGUCACUGAACAAUACUGUUAAAUGUGUGUAGUCAACAACCAAAAGUUUGUAUUUAAUCCGAUGUGACUGUGUCUGAACAGCAGCUUUGUCAAGUUGAUCCUAGUCAAACAUUUCUAGUAUAUUUUAAUAGAAUUGAAAGUAGUAAAUGUUUGAAAUGUUCAAAAUGUUAAGCGAUCUUGCUGUACCGUGUUGUUCUUUACAAAAUGUGCAAUACAUGUACUAGUACUAUG